CAUAGUGUCUCAACUGUUCUGCCUAAGGCAGAGCACAGACACUAUGCUAGACACAUAUUUGCUCAUUGGCACAAGAAGUAUAAAGGAGAUGAGCUGAAAUUGUUGUUUUGGAGGAUUGCAAAGGCAUACAAUAUGGCUGAUUAAAAUGAAGGACUUGAGAAGCUUGCAGAGUUGAAUGUGGAUGCAGCCACUGACUUCAAAUUGCAUAGGCCUGAAUUGUUCUGCAGAGCUUUUUUGAAUCCUGCAGUCAAGACUGAUGCAAUUACUUCAAACAUAGCAGAGACAUUCAAUGGGUACAUCAUUCAAGCAAGGACUAAGCAUUUGCUCUACAUGUUAGAAGACAUAAGAGCUACUUUGAUGCAGAGAUUGGUGUUGAAAAGGCAAGCUAUGAUGAAAGCCACCUCAAUGCUUUGUCCAAGAAUUCAAGCCAAGUUGGAAGCUAAGAAGGCGAAGGCUGCAGAAUGUGAAGUAACUCCUUCCUCUGAAACCCUUUUCAAUGUUAAUUACAACUUAGAUCAGCUAGUGGUGAAUUUGGAAAGUAGGAGCUGUACUUGUAGGAAAUGGGAUAUGCUUGGCAUCCCAUGUUGCCAUGCAGUGGCUUCCAUAUACUUUCUAGGCAAGGAACCAGAGCUGUUUGUGGAUAAAUGCUACUACAAGGACAUUUAUUUGUCAGUGUAUGCAGGCUCCAUUCCACCAAUUCAAGGUGAAAGACACUGGCCAGUAGUUUCUAUGCCUAUUGAUCCUCCACCAAUCAAAAUUGGUCCAGGGAGGCCAAGGAAAAAUCGAAUCAAAGAUCCAUAUGAGUACCCCAAAAAAUUUGGUUCCUUGAUAAGAACAGGGAUUGAAAUGACUUGUUCCCUCUGCCAAAUAAAAGGGCAUAUCAAAAGAAAGUGCCCUAACAAGGACAAUGUACAACCACCUAAACCUGCUCCAAAAAGGGCUAGAGGGAGGCCUCGCAAUGAUGCUGCAGAUGCACCUCAACCUACACCAACAUAUGUGCAAUCCACUCAGGCUACACCCUCUUCUAGGCAACAAAUUGAUACAAACCACCACUCCCUAACUGCUCAACCUACCAUACUUGGUAGAGGAGGAAGAACAAUAAUAAUGGGUAGGGGAUCAAGGGGUGGAAGGGGUAGAUGAGGUGUUGUUGCCAAUGCUGGAAGGGGAAGGGGUUCAGAUGUUGCUGGUUCUAGCAGAGAUGCAUCAAGUGGGAACAAGGGAGUAGGAAGGGGCAGGGGUAGUACCAGGGGCGGAGGAAGGAACCAGGUCCCAGAAGGUGUAGGUGUAUUCAUUGCAUCAGAUGGAUCUGCAAUGACUAGUACCCAAGCCAAUCAAAGGAGAACAACAUCAGCUAUGGGCUGGUUCUAGUGCAGUCAAGAAAGUCAACUUUCCACCUUACAUCAACCAACUCAAUAGUCAACUAAGUAGUGGCAUGAACAGUGACUCACUUUUGGUGUAAUGAACUAAUUCAGUGUUUGUACUUUGUUUAUGUAACCUUUUGGGAACAGUUUUCUAGGCAUGUUGGCUUAUAGAAGUCAAUAUGCAUAUUACAAUGUAAUGGCAUGAACUAUGGCAGGGUUCAUUUUGUGUCUUUUGGACUAAACAUUGUCAACUUAUUAUGUUCAAUGUAACAGCUUUUUGAAAUGUGUUCAUUUCUAUAUGAUAAUUGAAGUUGUAAGCAAAUUUUUGUCAAAAUAACUUCCUUUUAUUCAUCAAAUCAUUGCAGCAUACAUAUCUUGCAUAGCCACCAGGUUUUUUGACCAUACAUGUCACAAAUGCCCAACAUACAAUCAUUUCCCAACCUAAACUAACUUAUUCACUCUAACCAACUAUCAUCUGCACAACAUCACUGUCAUGCCUUCAAAUACACUAAAAGAAAAGCAAAGAAAAUCCAUGACACAAACAGAGCAAUGGAGAAGUUUUUUUCAUUCCUUGACGCCUUCAUUAGUUCAAUUCUAGUGUGGCAAAGCUCCAUUUUGGUAUCAUUCAACUCAUCCUCCUUAACUCCCAAAUUCUUCUCAAAUUUUUUCAACUGCUCCUUCAUGAAAUCAAUUUCAAUCUCUUUUUCAGCAACUUGAGUAUCUCUUUCAAAAACCUGGAAUCGUAGAUCUUCAAGGUCCAUUUUGUUAGCAUUAACCCACUGAAAGAAUCCACAAUCACUCUCUUAUAAAAAAAAAAAACCCAGAAUCAAUUGAAUUUGAAAUCCCUAAUUUGAUUUUCCCAAUUGAAUUAUCUUAAGUUCAAUAGCAAAAACAAAAAAUUGUCACUUCCCACCACACUUACAGGCCAUUAAGGGCAUCCAUAGAACUUCAUACCCACAUUAUCGCCAUUCCUCACCGUCCGAAUUACAGCUUCUACACCGCAUUUGCACUUCAAUUUUGGGGAACCCCAACCAACUGACCUUGACGAAGAUGAUCCACUUGAACCAAUUUGCCUCCUACUAGCCAUUGCAACCAAAUUUCAGUGACAAUAGAGGAAUUUGAGAGCAACAAUGGCGUUUAAGGAAGAGAGGAAACAGAGAAAAGAAGAAGAAGACCCAACAAUUAAGGGACGUGGCAUUUUAAACAAAAUUAAAAAAAAUUUAAAAGGAAUAUCACUGUUGGAAGCCACGUAGGACUAAUACCGGCUACAACAAGUGAGGUAACCUCUA